GCCCCAGACCCUAUAAGGCCUGGGAACAGGGAGCUCAGGCAGCUGCCAGCUGCAGCCUGUCACCCCGUGGGAGCCUCGCGCACUUAGGUCGGCCGCCUCCUGCGCCAAGACCCGGGCUUGCAGGUGGGCGCAGGAGCUGCCGGACCACUCAGCAGGGCCACGAGGACCCUGUUCCCGCUCCUUCUCUGUCCCUUCUAGCUGUGGAGACCAUCACCAUGUCUGCUGCAGAGGAAGGGAGACAGGACCCCCCCAAGUCCAAGGGCAAGACCCUGAGCAGCUUCUUCGGGUCCCUGCCUGGCUUCAGUUCCGCCCGCAACCUGGUGGCCAGCGCCCAGGGCUCCGGCAGACAGAGCCGGCCAGCAGCCAGCACUACAGGCGCCCCUGCCCCUGAGGCCACCCAGCCUCAGGCUCAGGCUUCUGUCCCCGCAGUGGCCACGGAGCCAGCACAGGUGCCCAGGGGUACAGAGGGACUGCCGCAGCCUCCAGAAAAGCUGAUGUCAGAGGCCAAAGCCCUGGCAUGCUCCCAGAUGACCAGAACCAAGGGGGCCAUCUCCUCUGGAGUGGCCAGUGUGAUGGAUGCAGCUAAGGGCGUGGUCCAGGGAGGCCUGGACACCACACAGUCAGCACUCACGGGCACCAAAGAGGUGCUCGCCAGCGGGGUCAUGGGGGCAGUAGACAUGGCCAAAGGGGCUGUCCAGGGAGGCCUGGACACUUCAAAGGCCGUGGUCAUUGGCACCAAGGACACAGUGACCAGUGGGCUCACUGGGGCAGUGAAUGUGGCCAAAGGAACUGUCCAGACCGGCAUGGACACCACCAAGAACGUGCUGAUGGGCACCAAGGACACUGUAUGUAGCGGGGUGACAGGGGCCAUGAACGUGGCCAAAGGAGCUGUCCAAGGGGGCCUGGACACGUCAAAAGCUGUCCUCACAGGCACCAAAAAUACAGUGACAUCUGGACUCACCGGAGCAGUGAAUGUGGCCAAAGGAACUGUCCAGACCGGCAUGGACACCAGCAAGAACGUGCUGACCGACACCAAGGACACUGUCUGCAGUGGGGUGACAGGGGCCAUGAACGUGGCCAAAGGAGCUGUCCAAGGGGGCCUGGACACGUCAAAAGCUGUCCUGACAGGCACCAAAAACGCAGUGUCCACAGGGGUCAUGGGCUCUAUGAAUGUGGCCAAAGGGGCCAUACAAACUGGACUGAGCACGACCCAGAAUAUCGCCACAGGCACCAAGGACACCGUCUGCAGUGGGGUGACCAGUGUCGUGAACGUGGCCAAAGGAGCUGUCCAGGGGGGCGUGGAUACCACGAAGUCUGUGGUCCUGGGCACCAAAGACACUGUGUCCGCGGGGCUCACAGGAGCAGUCAACGUGGCCAAGGGGGCCGUCCAGACUGGACUGGACACCAGCAAGACCGUGCUGACUGGCACCAAGGACACAGUGUCCACUGGGCUCAUGGGGGCAGUGAAUGUGGCCAAAGGAGCUGUCCAGGGGGGCCUGGACACGUCAAAAGCUGUCCUCACAGGCACCAAAAAUACAGUGACAUCUGGACUCACCGGGGCAGUGAAUGUGGCCAAAGGAACUGUCCAGACCGGCAUGGACACCAGCAAGACCGUGCUGACGGGCACCAAGGACACAGUGUCCACUGGGGUCAUGGGGGCAGUGAAUGUGGCCAAAGGAACCGUCCAGACUGGUGUGGACACCACCAAGAACGUGCUGAUGGGCACCAAGGACACCAUUUGUGGUGGAAUCACUGGGGCCAUGAACAUGGCCAAAGGAGCCGUCCAGGGGGGCCUGGACACGUCAAAAGCUGUCCUGACAGGCACCAAAAAUACAGUGACAUCUGGACUCACCGGGGCAGUGAAUGUGGCCAAAGGAACUGUCCAGACCGGCAUGGACACCACCAAGACUGUGCUGACGGGCACCAAGGACACUCUAUGUAGCGGGGUAACGGGGGCUGUGAAUGUGGCCAAAGGGGUAGUCCAGGGGGGCCUGGACACCAGCAAGACCGUGCUGACGGGCACCAAGGACACAGUGUCCACUGGGGUCAUGGGGGCAGUGAAUGUGGCCAAAGGAACCGUCCAGACUGGUGUGGACACCACCAAGACCGUGCUAACGGGCACCAAGGACACUCUAUGUAGCGGGGUGACGGGGGCUGUAAAUGUGGCCAAAGGGGUAGUCCAGGGGGGCCUGGACACCAGCAAGACCGUGCUGACGGGCACCAAGGACACAGUGUCCACUGGGCUCAUGGGGGCAGUGAAUGUGGCCAAAGAAACUGUCCAGACCGGCAUGGACACCACCAAGACCGUGCUGACCGGCACCAAGGACACUGUCUGCAGUGGGGUGACAGGGGCCCUGAAUGUGGCCAAAGGAGCUGUCCAGGGGGGCGUGGACACCACGAAGUCUGUGGUCCUGGGCACCAAAGACACUGUGUCCACGGGGCUCACAGGAGCAGUCAACGUGGCCAAGGGGGCCGUCCAGACUGGACUGGACACCAGCAAGACCGUGCUGACUGGCACCAAGGACACAGUGUCCACUGGGCUCAUGGGGGCAGUGAAUGUAGCCAAAGGAGCUGUCCAGGGGGGCCUGGACACAUCAAAAGCUGUCCUCACAGGCACCAAAAAUACAGUGACAUCUGGACUCACCGGGGCAGUGAAUGUGGCCAAAGGAACUGUCCAGACUGGCGUGGACACCACCAAGACCGUGCUGACGGGCACCAAGGACACCGUUUAUGGUGGAGUCACUGGGGCCAUGAACGUGGCCAAAGGAGCUGUCCAGGGGGGCCUGGACACAACAAAAGCUGUCCUCACGGGCACCAAAGACACUGUGUCCACGGGGCUCACAGGAGCAGUCAACGUGGCCAAGGGGGCCGUCCAGACUGGACUGGACACCAGCAAGACCGUGCUGACUGGCACCAAGGACACAGUGUCCACUGGGCUCAUGGGGGCAGUGAAUGUAGCCAAAGGAGCUGUCCAGGGGGGCCUGGACACGUCAAAAGCUGUCCUCACAGGCACCAAAAAUACAGUGACAUCUGGACUCACCGGGGCAGUGAAUGUGGCCAAAGGAACUGUCCAGACUGGCGUGGACACCACCAAGACCGUGCUGACGGGCACCAAGGACACCGUUUAUGAUGGAGUCACUGGGGCCAUGAACGUGGCCAAAGGAGCUGUCCAGGGGGGCCUGGACACAACAAAAGCUGUCCUCACGGGCACCAAAGACACUGUGUCCACGGGGCUCACAGGAGCAGUCAACGUGGCCAAGGGGGCAGUCCAGACUGGACUUGACACCACCAAGACCGUGCUGUCGGGCACCAAGGACACAGUGUCCACUGGGCUCAUUGGGGCCGUGAACGUGGCCAAAGGAGCUGUCCAAGGGGGCCUGGACACGUCAAAAGCUGUCCUGACAGGCACCCAAAACGCGGUGUCCACAGGGGUCAUGGGCUCUAUGAACGUGGCCAAAGGGGCCAUACAAACUGGACUGAGCACGACCCAGAAUAUCGCCAGAGGCACCAAGGAUACCAUCUGCAGUGGGGUGACGGGGGCCAUGAACGUGGCCAAAGGAGCUGUCCAGGGGGGUGUGGACACCACGAAGUCUGUGGUCCUGGGCACCAAAGACACUGUGUCCGUGGGGCUCACAGGAGCAGUCAACGUGGCCAAGGGGGCCGUCCAGACUGGACUGGACACCAGCAAGACCGUGCUGACUGGCACCAAGGACACAGUGUCCACUGGGCUCAUGGGGGCAGUGAAUGUGGCCAAAGGAGCUGUCCAGGGGGGCCUGGACACGUCAAAAGCUGUCCUCACAGGCACCAAAAAUACAGUGACAUCUGGACUCACCGGGGCAGUGAAUGUGGCCAAAAGAACUGUCCAGACCGGCAUGGACACCAGCAAGACUGUGCUGACGGGCACCAAGGACACUCUAUGUAGCGGGGUGACGGGGGCUGUGACUGUGGCCAAAGGGGUAGUCCAAGGGGGCCUGGACACCAGCAAGACCGUGCUGACUGGCACCAAAGACGCAGUGUCCACUGGGGUCACUGGGGCAGUGAAUGUGGCCAAAGGAACUGUCCAGACUGGACUGGACACCACCAAGAACGUGCUGAUGGGCACCAAGGACACUGUCUGCAGUGGGGUGAUGGGGGCGAUGGAUGUGGCCAAAGGAGCUGUUCAGGGGGGCCUGGACUCCACGAAAUCUGUGGUCCUGGGUGCGAAGGACACUGUGUCCACCGGGCUCACAGGAGCAGCCAAUGUGGCCAAAGGCACUGUUGAGGCUGGCAUGAGCUUCGCCAAAUCCACGCUGCCCGGCACCAACGACACCGUCUAUGGUGAGGUCACCCAUGUGGUCAGCCUGGCCCAAGGAGCCAUGCAGGGGGCCCUGGACCCCAGCACCACUGCACUGACCAGCACUGCGGAAGCUGGUCUUGCUGGGCUGGCCAGGGCAGGGAAUGCGGCCUCGGGUGCUGCCCACACCAGUCUCAGCAGUAGCCGAAGCUGGUGUCCUGAGGCCCAGGCCGAGGGCUGGGGUGGACCUGUUAGCUACAGUGCUACAGACCCAGUUGGCCAGCAGACCGCUCUGACCCCCACAGAGGCCCUGUCCUCCAGGGUCUUCAACCUCCCAGAUCCCCCUGGAGCUGGCUGGGAGCCUGCUGGGGAAGCCACAGGUGUCACCACGGCCCUGGUGCCUGAUGUCACGGACCUCACCCACGGGGCCCUGAGCAAGGCGGCGGCGGGGCAGCAGAGGGCCUCGGCUGUGUGCCAAGGAACCACUGGCUUCGCCACGCUCCGAGACGAGCUGGAGGGGCUGGGGGAGAUCUUCCACCCCAUGAGCUCCGAGGAGCAAGCUCAGCUGGCGGCCUCUAGGCCGGGGCCCCGGGUGCUCUCGGCCGACCAGGGAAGCUACUUUGUCCGCCUCAGUGACCUGGCCCCGGGCCUCCGCCAGCGGGCUUUUGAACAUGCCUUGAGCCACCUGCAGCACAACCAGUUCCAAGCCAGGGACACGCUGGCUCAGCUCCAGGACUCCUUCCAGGUGAUUGAGAAGGCCAUGAAGACUCCACAAGGACAGCUGUGCCUGGACCGGGGAUCGAGUGCCAGAGCAGAAGAUCUGGGUCCCCAAGAGGCGCAGGACACAGCAGCUCUGUCCAGGGUGUGCACCCUCCUCAGGCAGCUGCACACAGCCUCCAGUGGUCUGGCCUCCAGCCUCCAGGGCCUGCCGGCCGGGCUCCAACAGCAGGUCGGGCAGGUGCGGCACAGCCUCUGUGAGCUCUACGGCAUCGUGUCCUCAGCUGGGUCCGUUGGGGAGCUGCCAGCCGAGCGCCUGGCCCAGAGCCGAGCAGGAGUGAGCCAGGCAUGGCAGGGGCUGGACCAGGUGCUGGAUGGCCUGCAGCACAGCCCCCCGCUUGGCUGGCUGGUGGGGCCCUUCGCCUUGGCCCCUGGUGGGCAGCUAUAGGCAUCUGCAGACCAGAGCGCAGGCGUCUCCUACUGCUUGCACUGCCCAGGGAGCCACACUCAGAGCCUCCUCCUGGCCCCAAAUCCAGCUCUGGUCCCUCAGAGCCCUGGGCCCUGCAGGCUAGAGCUGGCAGACACAGGAGCCAUAGGGCACGUGACUGUCUGGGUUCAGCCACCAUGCUCCAGGGCCUAGGCCUGUGUCCCCACUCCUUUCUCCCCUCUCCUGACCUAGGAGCUGGGCUCGCUUAGACCGCUGACCAGGGCCCCGCCUGAAGCCCUUCAGUGAGCAAGUCAAUUAGGAGAAUGGAAACGCGCCCAGUGUAAGGUGCGCUCCACUUGCCCCACUGCAGACUCCUUAUCUUUAGGGGGCUCUUCUAGGCCCUCAAUGUGGCUCCACGGCUAUCGUCUUACGGUUGGCUCCCACGACCACCUGGCUCUGAAAGCAAUCCCAAAGCCGUGAGCAACCUCACUGUCUUUUUUUCUCAUUUGGUACCAGGGAUUGAACCAUUGAACCAAGGGACACUUAACCACUGAGCCACAUCCCCAGCCUCUUUUUUAUAUUUUAUUUAGAGAUAGGGUCUCACUGAGUUCCUUAGGGCCUCAUUAACUUGCAGAGGCUGGCGCUGGCUUUGAACUUGUGAUCCUCCUGCCUCAGCCUCCUGAGCUGCUGGGAUUACAGGUGUGGCCACCAUACCCGACCCACAUGGUCCCCCAACCCAGUACUAGGUAUGGAACCCAAGACCUCCCACAUGCCAGAGAAGUGCCCCACCGCUAAGCUCCGCUCACAGUCCUUUUAUUUUGAGAUAGGGUCUUGCUAAGUUGUCCUGGCUGGCCUUGAACUUAAGAUCUUCCUGCCUCAGCCUCCUACCUAGGCGACAGGUGCACCCCCAUACCUCAUACGUAAGGUGUCUUGAGAACCUUGCUCCCUUGUUGCAGAAUUGUGUUAGAAUACCAUGGCCACCCUGAGGCAGACACUCACCACCUCUGCUAGCACCCAGUGAGGCUGAGAAAGGGCUUCCUGAGGACAAAGCUGCUGCCAGCCAGCAGAGUCACCUCCACAGCUCUGCACUAGCUUGGCUGUUGGGUGAGGGAAGUGACGAACCAAGCUACUUCCUGUCUCUGGCCACUUACCCACAGUCCUACCCACAGUCCUCUGGUCCUUGAGGAGGCAGGGCUGAGGCAGCCAAGCAAAAGUGUGAGCAGAAGGGACGGAGCCUGACAGAGCCUGCUCAGCAUGCUUUGAGAUCUGGGUUAGGCCAAGGCCUGCCUGGGUGAUAACUAUGGAGACCCCUUCUUCCCUAGCCAUACUCCCCUUGAUCUUCAGGGGGACCCUGAGAGGGGGAUGAGGACAUUGGAGCUGCAUCGAUCAGAAAAACUGACAGGUGACCAACCAGCCCGCUUUCCAGUUCUAACCCUCUCCUCUCCUUGCCCCGAGUGCCCAGAGAUGGGGACACUCAGGGUGUCCAUGAGCCAGGAGCUUCCUUGCUGCUGGGCCCCACUCACUGCUACAGCGGGGAGCAGCUGCCUCAUGGAAAGCCAGCGACCAGAGAGAGACCUGCUCAGCCGCCCUUCCCAGAACCCUGUAGCACAGUGAUGACCAUGCUACAUCGAAACUUGCAUCUCUUUUUUAAGCACCAUCUUCUCUGAAAAGGACCCGGGUCCUUUGAGCUCCAGCAGGUGCAGGAUGGGUGAGCUGCUUCGCCCAAGGGUCACCGAGGAUGCCUGGAGUAGUGCAGGGCCAGGUCACAUCAGCUUAGCUCUAAGCUGGAGAAGCUGUGCCUCAGAUGACAGGGCUACUCUUGAGUGCCCAGCCAGCUCUGCCAAGGCUCCUUCUGACUGUGCCACAUGCAGUCACUAGAUGGCGGGGCCAGGACAUCAGGUCUAUCCAAACCAAACCUGGGUCUGAGGCUCAGGAGUUCCUCCCUGGAGACCACACCUACUUCCCAUCUGGAUAGGGGAACUUGGUCAUCACAGGCAGGGGACAAACACGGGAAGCCACUGUUGAAAGAACUACCAAGUAACAGGUGUCCUCUCUAAAUCCAUAUAGCAGUCAUGAGGUGGGGUCACCCUCUUGCACCCGUGAGGAAGGCCACAUGCCAAGCUCACAGGAGCUGGCAAUGCAGUUGGCACGAGCGGGGAGGCCCACAGCAAGGCUCACGCGGGGUAAAAGCUCAGUAGAGGAGACAACUGCAGCACCCCUAUAGGCCCAAAUGCCUGGGGGCGCUGAAGCCUCCUACAGCCUAGGGGCAACAGACACACUAGAGUCAGGUCACAUAAGCUGGGACAUUCAGGGAAGGUGUACUCUGCACUCUGCCCUCUGAGCCACCUCUGUUCUUGCUUGGCCUGCCCGCACCAGGCUGCCAAAGGCAGGAAGAGCCACCCCGCAGCCUCUGUCUGAGCUGUGAAGUUCCGAGCCUCGUUUCUCCUCCUCUCAUGGAGGCCCUGCUCCGUCCAGCCUCCUUUGCCACUAGCACCACGGGGCCUGAGGUACUGCGAGGACAGUCACUCUCACUACUCAUGGUGGCCCAGUAGCUUGACCCUCUGUCCCCUAAGGGCCUCUGACAGCUGCAAACUGCUCCCUGGCCCUGGGCUCCGCUUCACCCACCAGUGAUGCUGGAAAACCAAGUCAAUAAAAGCAAUCUUUUUUCAUUAAAAAA